UUCCGAUAGUCUGGUCGUCUGUACCUGUUGGAUCCAGACCAUUCAAACCUUCAAAUGUCAUCUUGCCUCAAUAUCGCUUCAGUUUGCAUUGCUGGAACAUGCGAGCCAUUAGAAUCUCCUGUGAUUACUCCUGCUUCGAAGGAUCUUAGCUAUCAACCUCCGGGAACUCAGAUCAACCUUUUGAAUGGAGUUACCCUUUCAAUUCCUGAGAAGAGUUUUGGCUUGAUCUUUGGAAGGAGUGGAAGUGGAAAAACUACUCUCUUGCAGCUGAUUGCAGGGCUAAGUAAACCGACAUCCGGCUCCAUUUAUGUCCAAAGAUAUGGUGAUGAUGGCAGCACAAAACAGUCUCCAGAACUGUUAUCCCCAGAAAAAGUAGGCAUUGUUUUCCAGUUUCCUGAGAGGUACUUCGUGGCGGACAAUGUUCUUGAUGAGGUGACAUUUGGGUGGCCAAGACAAAGGGGUGGCCCUCCACUGAAAGAGCUGCUUGCUUCAAGACUCCAAAGAGCUAUUGCUUCAGUUGGUCUUAAUGGAAUUUAUUUGGAUAAAGAUCCCCACUCCCUAAGUGGUGGUUACAAACGGCGGCUUGCCCUGGCGAUUCAGUUGGUACAAACUCCGGAUUUAUUAAUAUUGGAUGAGCCCCUUGCUGGUCUCGAUUGGAAGGCACGUGCAGACGUCGUAAAGCUGUUGAAGGAUCUAAAGAAAGAAGUAACUUUACUCAUUGUUAGCCAUGACCUUAAAGAGUUUGCACCUCUAGUUGAUCUAUCCUGGAGGAUGGAUAUGGGUGGAGUACUUAAGGAGGAGCCUCUAAAGGUUUAAUCUUCUCACUAUAUUGUUGCUUAUCAAUGCAUGAUACUUCGAAUGAGGUACGACUUCAAUGCUUUUGGUUCUUUUGUAGUGUCUGUUUCAACAGAUCCUUUUCUAGAGAUGGAAGUUUGAAGUUUGUUUAUUUUUGAAAGAAAGAUUGCAACAUGAAUGCUUUGGGAGUCUAGACCCUGCAUGGUGAUUCUCACAUGUUCAGUAGUUCAAUGCAUUACUCGUGGAUUUCUGAGUGGAGACUCGGGGUUUGAACUAUAUGUAUGUCUGUUUUUUUUUUUUUUGAUAAGAAGCUAUUCAG